AUGCGACGGUCUGCAGCUCCGUCUAAAAGGUUGCAUGAGCAUGUCGUUAAAAAAUCUGCGAAAACCAAUCUGGAAAUUCUAGCGAUGCUUGAAACCUCAAAUGUACUCCCAUGCGAACCUGAACUGCCUCUUAGCGUUCUCUCAGUUCCUACUAAUCUUACUCCGCGCGCUUUCAGCUCUCCUCUGACCAAACCUAACCCUGUUCUUGGAUCAAUUGUUACAGGUUCUAAACCAGUCCCAACUGCCCUGAAACCAGCUCCGGUUUCUAGGUUUAACCCUGUUACUCCUGCUCCUUCACUAAAUGAUAGUAGUUCGUCCUGUAAAUAUUUUUGCUGUGUCUGGUGCAAAAAGUCUGGUAGAAAGCAUAAGAAGUGGGAGGGAGACGGAUUUGCUAAGGUUGGAGAGAGGACCGUGGUUCUUAUAGACGAGAACGGGAAGGAGAUAGGACGAGGUUCCGGAUACAAGGUUGCUCAGCUCCAGGCUUUAGAUGACGGAGAACUCAUUUCUGUUGGAAGUAAAGAAAUAGAAAUUACAGGAUCUAGUAGUGCCGAGGUCUGGGCAAACAAGGUGCAGGAAGGUAGGAACAAGGAAAAUGUGGAGAAAGAAGAGAAGAUGAACCGAGGGAAGAAAAGAAAGGUAGAUGAGGAGAAGAAGGAGGUAGAGGAGAAGAAAGUUGAUUCGCCUCCUUCGUCUCUAAUCCUGAAUUCAAUUCUGCAGACGGAGAAGUUUAAAUCCUUCAAGAUCCCGCGGAGAACAGGAGAAGGAGAAGGAGGGUUUGUUACUGCACGGAAUGUUACACCAGGUAUACCUAUGUUUGACCCUGGACGUGAAGGAUCUCUAGUUCUACCCCGACCUCCUCUGGGCCAUCCUCUCCGGACUAGUAAACUAGUAGACGUGGUUCUAGAUCCAUAUAUUGGAACAAAACUCAGAUUUUAUCUAGAGCACAUCAGCGCAGUGGGGUCAUCUUCCUCUACAGUAGUAUCCUUGGUUACAGAAAGAACUGUUAAGACAGAGAGUGGAGAUUAUCCAUUGAAAGGAGGGAUUCUUGCAGAUGAUAUGGGGCUAGGUAAAACCCUCCAAACUGUGGCCCUUAUUUGGACAAUACUAAAACAGUCUCCUGUAGCGGGCUCUGUACUUGCCAGGAAAGUUCUAAUUGUUGCUCCCUCUAGUCUUCUAAACAACUGGGCUGAAGAAUUCAGAAAAUGGUUGGGUUCAGAAAGAAUCAUAAUCCAUGUAGCCGACUCAGCUAAGAAAGUUUCGAGUUUUAAGUCUUACAACACAGCUCCGAUCCUUGUUGUAUCCUACGAACUGUUGGUUCGAGCAGAGGCUGAGAUUCAGGAUAUAAAAUGGGAUUUGAUAGUUUGUGACGAGGCUCAUAGAUUGAAAAACUCGGAGAUUAAAACGAGUUGUUGUUUAGCUCGGAUAGAGUGCGAGAAGAGGGUUUUGUUAACUGGAACUCCUGUCCAGAAUGAUCUGAAUGAGUACUUCUGCUUAGUGAGUACGGUUGCUCCAGGUUUACUAGGGAACAAGGUGAAAUUCAACUCUGAGUUUGUCUCCAAGAUUGAGAAGGGACGUGAACCCGGAGCAGAAGAAUCGGAGAGAGAGGACGCAGAUGAAGCAUUAUCCAAAUUAUCCACCAUAUCUCAACAUAUCCUGCUCCGGCGAACCUCCGAGAUAGUUCGUAAAUAUCUUCCAUCUAAGACGGUGAAUGUUGUGUUCUGUAGACCCUCGGAGUUCCAAUCUGUUGUUUACUCCAGCCAGGUUUCGAAGCUACUGAGUCAAGUUGAAUCUGAACCCGGAGCUCAUCUUGCUGCAAUCUCAACACUCAAGAAGAUCUGUAAUUCGCCUUAUCUCCUCGAUAACAGCAAUCUUCAAGGAUUCGGAUCUCCGAGUACCUGGGAGGAACAGUCUGGAAAACUAUCCGUCCUCACCUGCCUUCUUCUCACCUUGAUCCAGUCUGGCGAUGAGAAGAUUGUUCUUGUUUCUCUCUCCACCUCAACCCUGGACCUCCUCUCCAACCUCUGUGAUAGAUACAACCUGCCAACCUUGAGGUUGGAUGGAAAAACUCCUCCGUCCUCCCGUCAGCAGAUCGUAAAUAAAUUCAAUGCUAAGGGAUCGGAGACUAGAGUGUUCCUCCUGAGUUCUAAAGCUGGAGGAACAGGACUGAACCUUAUCGGAGCAAGUAGGAUAGUUCUAUUUGAUAUAGACUGGAAUCCUGCUACGGAUAUGCAGGUGAUGGCUCGAAUCUGGAGAUACGGACAGCGUAGGCACUGUCAUAUAUACAGGCUCCUAACUACAGGUACUAUAGAGGAGAAAAUAUACCAGAGACAAGUCACGAAGAGUGGGUUAGCAGGAGGCCUGGAGACUGCAGGACUAGGAGAUGGUUCAUCCGCUGCUCAUUUUACUCGGGAGGAACUGAGGGACCUUUUCACUUUCAGAGAGGAUACUGAGUGUGAGAGUCACGACCUGCUGGAGUGUGAGUGCGGAGGAUCUGGAGCUCUCCAGGUUGAUCUCCAGGAGAAGGAAGAGACUACUAGAUCCUGCCAGCUAGGAAAUAUUAAUACCAAGGAGAGAUCCGGAUCCAACAUGGAGCAGCUCAAGGUGUGGAGGCAUUACACGGCUCCAAUUCAUGGUAAGAUUGGAGAUGAACCUUUGGAGUCUGCAGAAUCAUUUGUUUCCUACGUUUUCCGACACUUUCAGGACUCUGCAGAGGCAUCAGACCAGGAGGAGGCAGGGACAUAACUUCAUCAGGACAUUAGAAAUCUAAUCUUGAUUCAACAUAAAUAAUAUGCAAUCUGGAUACAAACCAUCUGGUCUUUUACUUGGAUAAAACCUAUGUAACAUGCAACCUGGAUACAACCCAUCUGUUUUUUAUCCUGGAUACAAACCAUCUGGUUUCUUCCUGGAUACAAACCAUCAAACCAUCUGGAUCAAAUAUGAAAAUGUGAUUAAUUGAUUAAAAUUAAAUCAUCCGAAACUUUACUGAAAAUCCUUAUUAAUGUUAAUAUUUAAUUCUCAACCCAUUGAUGUUUGUGUAUGUACGCAUUUAAUGUACAGGGCUACCUACAAGAUGAGACGACUUGACAGGAUUCUAUUGUCUGUUUCCUUACAAUUAGGAUUCUCUGCAACAAUAAACUUGUUUCUAACUUUGCAAGAUUAUUGAAAAGGCCAUAAAAAGACUCUUCAAAUCAGAAAACUUAAUUCAACCUUGGAAUCGACAUAUUUAAAUAGUCUUAUCCCAGGUGGGUGACCCUGUAUAUGCAGAAAAGCAAUGGUAAGUAUAUAUAGUCCUGUAUAUUUAAUCUUGUAGGGUUCAUGCAAUGAAUGUGUUAAAUACCUAAAAUCAGCUAAAAUAGAAUAGUUUAGUUAUCUAGUGAAGUGGGGAUUGAUAUAUGCAAUGUAUAUUCAAGGGACUUAGAAACACAGGGAUUACAGUUCGGUAUUAAUCCCACCGAAAACAUCUAUAAUAUAUAUAUUCCAAUGAAGACGUCACAAUUCUGAUUAAGUCCCUAGAUAUACAAGUCCAUGAUGUAUAUAUACAAGGAGUAAAUUGUAUGUGACUAAUUCUAACCUUACUAUAAAUAUAUUCACGGAAUACGG